CAUGAAUGAUUCUUUACAUAAAAUUAUGCGCAGUCAAUGCUUCUUUCCAUGUUUACAUGAACCGAUAGUCGAAGUUCACAAGCAUUCUAGACGGAAAUGCUGGCAUCACAUAACGGUCUUGCAUUACUGGUGUUUUCAUAAUUUUGUUUCGUGAGGAACCAAAGCUGCUACUGCACGAUAUGCUUCUAGUGUAAUGUUUUUUCGUCUGGAUAUUUAUACAGCUUCAUUUCGCAAACACCCUUUUCAUGUUGGACAAAUUUAACAUUCCUAAAACCUUCACGCAACACUCGGCAUUCGCUGCGAAAUCAACGUCUACGUGAUAACAAAAUGCCUAAGAAAUCACACGAGAUAACUGAAGCAAAACCGUUUCUGUCACGAGAAGUUCAACGGGAGUUCACAGAAGAUGAUUUCGAUUUUGAAAACCUUGCACUGGAAGGUGGCGGAAGUUCUGCAAUGGCUUACGUCGGAGCUAUCAGGGUACUAGAAGAACUUGGAUGGUUGAGGAACAUAAAGCGGUUUGCUGGCAGCAGUGCCGGGAGCAUUGUUGCGACUUUCCUAGCUAUAGGGUACAACUCCCAGGAGAUACAGAAACUAUUCCAAAGUGAUUUCACUCCUAUUAUGUAUGACGGUAGCUGCAUGCGAUGUGGGCAAGUUGUCCACCUGUUUAGACGAUUGGGGGCCCAUCCUGGAAAGAAACUCGAGAAUUGGAUAGCAAAUAAAAUCAAAGACAAGACCGGUGACAAAAACUACACCUUCAGACAGCUGUAUGAGAAAGAUCAUGUCGAGUUGUGUAUCUUAGCUACUGACCUGAGUAAGAUGGAUACGGUGUACUUCCACGUCAAAACCACUCCAGAUAUGCCCAUCUAUCUAGCUGCGAGGGCAUCGUCGUCUGUUCCAGGUCUUUUAAAACCUGUUAAAUGGAACAAGGGUGUCUUUGUAGAUGGUGGAGUUCUGUGCAACUACCCACUUCAUGUAUUCGAUGGGUGGUAUUUGUCAAUGGAGGAAGGAGACCAAUUUCUGAAAAGAUUUUCCGACUUGGCAAAAGUGAGUGAGAAAUGGACAACCGGAGAGCGGUUCGGCGAACCAGUCAACCAGAAAACACUUGGCGUCAUGACUUAUUCAGCUUCCGAUCCCGUCUUGAUGAAAGACUACAUGGAGAAAAGGACUAGUCACCACAAGAAAGUGGAAAUCAAAGAACCAAAGACUAAACUCCACAGAAAGAGAGACAAACAAGACAAGGCAAAUACAAAAGAAGUGAAGGAAAUGACGGCUGCGUUGGAUAGACUCAUUUCCGCACUUAACAAUGCUGAUAUAAACAGGGAUGGAAAAGUUACAAGACAAGAGUUCAGGAACUUUUAUAAAAAGACGGGAGCUAUACUGACUAAAGCAGACACCAAAUUGCUCUUUGGAAUCGUUACAAGCAAGAAUAUUGCAGACGCCAUCUUUGACAGAAUUGACACAGACAGGAGUGGAGAAAUCGAAUACAAAGAUAUUGAGAGACUGGCAGAGCAACGAGGGGUCAGUUUAGCUCAGACAGUUCGGGGCUACGAGCACCGUAACAUCAGCGAUAUCAAAGAGUUCGUCUCUGCUCUGGUUGAAACAAUGAUGACUCAUGCCCAACGAGUCACUGCAAAGAGUUCUGAUUGCUCUCGCACUAUUGGCAUCAAUACGGGAUAUUUGGGGGCUUUCGACUGGAGCAUGGAAAAGGGUGACAAAGAUUUUCUCAUGGAGUGUGGAAAACAAGCUGCAGUAACUUUCCUGCGGGAGCUAAAACAAGCUACAGGUAUCUAUCCGUCGGUUGAAUAAGGAUGUCAUCAACCCUAGAUCAGAAAGCGGAAGUUUCAUUUUUUUUAAGAAAAAAUGGUUACAGCUAGGUUGAGGUUCUGUUAAUUUAAAGGGAAUGUAUACGUUUAAUAAUUUAUGGCAGUAAAAACGUUUGGUUUAGUAAGCCUACAGCUUUCGAUAUAGUAUAAAGCAUUGUGAGAGUAAUUUCACUUCGAAGCAAUGUAGUUUUAUGCCCCCAAAUUGAAAUAUGAGAAGUGUUACCGCGAAACGUUUCUUGGAUUGUGUAAUCCAAUGGAGGAUUUUUCUUUUUGCGCGAACAUAACUGCUCCGGAUUUUCGGAAAAAUAUAAAAACACGUAUUUUCAUUUUAAAACAUCUACAUUUACAUUAAAUUACGAUUAAAACAAACCGAAAUGUUUCAAAAACCAAAGGUUAGCCGAAUUCAAGGUAGGAGGGCAUGACCUUUUCACUAAGUGUCAAGGUAUAAACGAGCAGUUUACUUUCUUUUCUAAAGUUCUAAACGAGACUUUACUUUUAAACUCUUAGACCUCCUUGAAAGUGUUUCCUUACCCUUCAUACAUAAUCGAUAUCGCCGAGGUCAAACAAUGCAAAUGCACGCAUGCGCGCUGCCACCAACUCUCAGCCAAUGAUAAGUCUUCAUAAACCUGCACGGACACGGUUUGGGGCUUGUGACGUUAUCAUCCAAGGGUUUUAUAUUCCUCAUAUCAUUGUAAAAGUUUGUAUCAUUGCAUAAUUUAAAAUGUUGUUUUCAUUUGUAGACAUAAUGCUUGAAUUGUAACUCAUUUUCAAAAUCAUUUCAUAUUUGAAUAUCAAAAAAUGUGCAUUGUAGAAACUUUAGAUUACUCAUUAGUAUUUUGGUUAUUUUAUCUAAUAUUUUAUAACUGUUGGUGUUUGUUGG